CCUGGCGGUGAUGUGCUUUGUUGUGACCAAGUCCUUCCUGCUGCCCUGCUGCUUGCCCCUCUUGCUCAUGGGCAUGACGCACUACUUCAGCAGAAAAGUUAUCCUGCACUAUCUGGACUGCGCCCUGCAUACGGACAUGUCUGACAUCGAGCAAUAUUACAUGAAACCACCGGGCUCCUGCUUCUGGGUGGCCGUCCUGGACGGCAACGUGGUGGGCAUCGUGGCGGCCCGAGGCAACGAGGAGGACAACACGGUGGAGCUGCGCCGCAUGUCCGUUGACUCCAACUACCGCGGCAAAGGCAUCGCCAAGGCCCUGGGCCGCAAGGUGCUGGAGUUUGCCAUGCUGAACAACUACUCGUCCGUCGUGCUGGGAACCACGGCCGUGAAGAUGGCGGCCCACAAGCUCUACGAGUCCUUGGGGUUCAAACACGUGGGUGUCGUGGAACAUUAUGCCCUGCCGGGGAUGACGCACUCCUUACUAGAGAGGAUGUUUUUCCAGCUCCGCUACCACCGCUACCGCCUGCAGCUGCGCGAAGAAUAAAACCCAACCAAAUGCACACACCCACCCACACACACACA